AUGGCCAAGCCCGUCCUCGACAUCGAUAUUAUAAUCCCCCUCUCUGCCCUCCCAUCAGCACGAACUGCUCUCACGAAUACGAGAUACACCGAUUGCGGCGAGAUGAACGUGCCGGGACGCUUCGCCUUCCGACAGCCGGGGUAUGGAAGAUCCGAUGCGGCGCAUGGGGCAGGCAAGAAUGGAGAACUGCGAUAUAAUACCUAUCUCAUGAUCGAAGGUUGUGUGGCUUUGAGGAACCAUCUUGAUAUACAGAGAGUUUUACUGGGUGAUCCAGAACUACGCGAGGAAUAUGCACGUGUGAAAAAUGAGCUUAAGGAGAUUGAGUUUGAGAAUAUUGGGCAGUAUGCUAUUGGGAAGACGGAGAUUCUUUGUAAGAUUUUGAGAAAAGCUGGGUGGAGUGGGGCGGAUUUGGAGCCUGUUAUCAGGGCUAAUAGCUGA